AUGACCGGACCGACCAAUUCUGUAUAUGAAAAAAGUAGUACCAAAAGAGAGAAGAAAGAAGGUAGUACAACUCAGCCAAUCGCUUUAUCAACUGCGUUCGGUUGGGUAUUGAUGGGCACAACAUCUGAUACGCCAACAAAAAUGUCCGUCACUAUGUUCGCAACCACCGAGUCCGUGGACAGAACGCUUCAACGCUUUUUGGAAGUUGAGGAUGUUCCUACAGUGGUCAAAAGUAGUCCGGACGAAGAAGAGUGUGGAAGAAUAUAUACCACUACUACGUCGCGGCAACCAUGUGGAAGAUACAUAGUUCACCUGCCCUUUAAACAAAAUCCACCAGUAUUGGGGGACUCCGGAGACCAAGCAGCACAACGUUUAUUCCAGCUCGAAAAACGACUUGAAAAAUCUCCAGAAUUAAGAAACGAAUACAAUGAAGCGAUGAGGGAUUAUUUAAGAACAAGACACAUGAGUAAAGUGAAUCCAACCCUGGCCGAUAGCCAGACGUCAUAUUACAUUCCGCAUCAAGCAGUUAUACGUCCUGAAAGUUCCACAACAAAAAUGCGUAUUGUCUUUGAUGCAUCAGCGAAAACAUCUUCGGGUAAGUCCUUAAAUGAUAAUCUCCACUGUGGACCUAAACUGCAACAAGACCUACUGAGCAUCGCUCUUAGAUUCCGCCUUCAUACAAUUGUGUUUACUUCCGAUGUAAAACAGAUGUUUAGACAGAUAGUUGUCACUGAACCUCAUCGACCAUACCAGCGGCUUUUAUACCGAUUCAAUUUGAAUGAACCUAUUCAAGAAUAUGAGAUGAAUAUUGUCACGUUCGGUCAGAAAUCUUCUCCGUUUCUGGCUAUUCGUACGCUCCACCAACUUGCACAGGACGAAGCUGCAACCGACCAACCAAUAAAAACAAUUAUUCAACGUGAUUUGUACGUAGAUGACGUCACGACAGGGACAAAUACAGAAGAAGAAACACGUGUAUUGCAGCAGAAACUCAUCAACAUAUUCGCAAAAGGCCAAUUUGAGCUACGCAAGUGGGCUAGUAAUUCUGCAAAGUUUCUAGGAAAAAUCCCAGAGGAGCACCAACAAACUAGCUCAAAGUCAUUUAAUGAACAUGGUUCGGAUUAUACCAAAGUACUUGUAUUAAAUUGGGAACCAGCGGCAGACCUAUUAAGUUAUAAGUAUCAACCUAACCCGAUAAAAUUUAGUAAGCUAGCCAUAUUAUCGGGAAUUGCCAGAAUUUAUGACCCACUCGGCUUAUUGGCACCAAUUACAACAGAUCUUAAGCGACUAAUGAAAUAUUUGUGGAUAACUGAGGUAGGUUGGGAUCAGCCUAUACCUGAAGAGGCUGCCACCUUAUGGGCAAAAUACCAUGAGGAGUUACCAGCUCUCGCAUCAUUGCGAAUUCCGAGAAGAGUGACCAGAACAAAUGCGACUUAUGAGUUACAUGGAUUCAGUGACAGCUCUGAGGCGGCUUAUGCGGCUGCUGUAUACUUACGAGUCGAUUCAGGCACUGAGGUCCAGUGCAAGCUGUUAAUGGGAAAAUCAAAAGCAUCUCCGGCAACGAAACUGUCCAUUCCGAGAUUGGAGUUAUGUGGAGCCUGGCUUUUAGCACGACUAUUGGCGUACAUCCGACCUAAUGUUGCAACUUUGAACAUAUCAAAUGUUACCGCAUGGACGGACUCCACGGUAGCCCUAGCAUGGAUUCGUUCCCCGACCGCCAAAUUGAAAACUUUCGUGGCAAAUCGCGUGGCAAAAAUCCAACAAAAUAUCGAUGUCGAAAAUUGGCGGCACGUACCGACUAGUGUCAACCCCGCAGAUUGCGCAUCACGAGGAUUAAGCCCAAAUCGGUUGGAAUCCCAUAGUCUUUGGUGGAACGGUUCCAACUUUCUACGACAAUCUGAACAUUUAUGGCCCCAGAAGCUACCUAUGAGCCCAACCAAUCACCGUGAUGAAGAGCUUGAAGAAAAUCCAAUCACUCUAGUGGUCCGAGUGAAAACCGAAGAAUGCCCAUUACUGUACCACUCAGAUAACUUCCCUAAGAUUCUGCGACUCACUGCUUACUGGUUACGUGUAAGAAAUUACUUGUCAAAUAAACGUAAUUCAAUGCUCACUACGCCACCCACUGCUGACGAAAUUGAAAAGGCUGUUAAAGCUCAGGUACAGUGGACCCAGCAAGUAGCUUUUUACGACGAGUUCUGCAGUUUAGACGCAGGGAAAUCUUGUUCAGUAUUUCUAAGGAAGUUGGCACAUUUCUUGGAUGAUGACAAGUUGCUCAGGGUAGGGGGUCGUUUGAAACACGCACAGAUACCGUACAAAGAAAAAUACCCUCUCUUACUCCCUAAGACUUCCCGUCUAACUACGUUAUUGAUCGACUACGUUCACCGAGAAAAUGGUCAUCCUGGAUCUCAAGCCCUUCAAAACAUUUUGAGCCAAGAUUACUGGAUAUUGUCUGCGAGAAUCAUGGGAAACCUUCCAGUUCACCGGGUCUCUCAAAUCAAACCUUUUGGCCGAGCCGGGGUGGACUUUGCUGGACCAUUUGAAGUGAAGGCAGCUAUGUUAAGGAAGAUAAAAAUAACCAAAGCUUACAUUUGUAUUUUUAUUUGUAUGGCCACCACUGCCGUCCACAUUGAACUGGUGUCUGACUUGUCCACACCUUUAUUAAAAUCCGCACUAAGCCGAUUUAUUAGUCGAAGAGGACGGUGUUCUGACAUACAUAGUGACUGUGGCACGAAUUUUGUUGGUAUCCAAAAAUAUUUGCAAAAUAUUGAUCACAUGCUUCGUCACGAUACCUUCGUAAAUCACCUCGCUGAACACCAGAUAACCUGGCAUUUCAACCCACCAGCCGCUCCACACAUGGGUGGUCUGUGGGAAGCCGCAGUGAAAUCAACAAAAACACUACUACACCGGAUCACCAACGGAAAAGUGUUAACCUAUGAAGAGCUCAAUACAGUCCUUCAUCAAGUAGAGGCAACCCUCAUCUCACGACCACUCAGUGCCAUGUCUGCCGAUCCCAGUGGCUAUAAAACACUGACAGCAGGCCACUUCCUUACGAUGGAACCACUGGUGCCCAUACCUUCCAUCCCCACGAUGACAGACGCAAGUCAUAACCUAACAGUUACACCACGCAAUCGUUGA